UGAAAAUGGAAUGACUUCCGUCUCCGCUUGAAAUACGAAACAAAUUGGUCCUUGUUCAUUUUCUCCCUUGGUGCUCUGUAGUCUGACUACUAUUUGACUAUUCCAAAGCUUCUCUUUUCCGAUGAAUUCGCCAUCGUCCGCGACGCGUGUGGCGGCGAGAUCGUCGAUUAUCAACUCUUUCGGGGGCUGCGGGUUGUCGGGGAUGCGAAUAGACAAGGAAGAGCUCAAGCGGCGCCUCUCUAUACCGGAGUACCUCCGACACGCCAUGCGUGAUGCCAUUAAACGGAAGAGCGUAGAAGACGCCGAUACGGAGAGUCAAUUAUUCGUCGGCGGGAAAGACGUCGUCGAGGCCGAGCGGCCGGAGGAUCCGGUUGUUGUGUUUAUUAAUUCGAAGAGCGGUGGUCGGCACGGGCCGGAGUUGAAGGAAAGGUUACAACAGUUGAUGGGCGAAGAACAGGUUUUUGACCUCUCAGAAGUGAAGCCUCAUGAAUUUGUACAGUAUGGAUUGGGUUGCUUAGAGAAGCUAGCUGAUCUUGGGGAUUCAUGUGCCAAAGAGACUCGUCAAAAGAUAAGAGUUGUGGUUGCAGGAGGUGAUGGUACAGUUGGAUGGAUCCUAGGGAAUCUUGGAGAACUUAACAAACAAGGUCGGGAGCCUGUUCCUCCUGUAGCAAUCAUUCCACUUGGCACAGGCAAUGACCUGGCUAGGAGUUUUGGUUGGGGUGGUUCAUUUCCUUUUGCCUGGAAAUCGGCUGUCAAAAGAACUCUCCAGAGAGCCACUUCUGGUCCGAUUUGCCGUCUAGAUAGUUGGCAUAUUAUAGUACAAAUGCCAUCAAGAGCAGUAGUGGAUCCACCACAUUCUCUGGAACUUACAGAAGAGUGUGCUCUUGAUGAGGGUUUACAGGUUGAGGGCGAUUUGCCUGAGAAAGUUGUUAGCUACAAAGGGGUGUUUUAUAAUUAUUUUAGUUUAGGAAUGGAUGCUCAAAUUGCUUAUGACUUCCACCAUUUACGUAAUGAAAAGCCUUACCUUGCACAAGGCCCAAUUACAAACAAGCUCAUCUACUCUGGCUAUGCUUGCACUCAGGGUUGGUUUGUCACACCCUGCAUAAGUGAUCCAAGUUUAAGAGGACUGAAAAACAUCCUAAGAUUACAUGUUAAGAAGGUCAAUUGCUCAGAAUGGGAGCAGAUUCAAGUUCCUAACAGUGUCAGGGCAAUAGUUGCUUUAAAUCUUCACAACUACGCAAGUGGAAGGAACCCAUGGGGUAAUUUGAGACCGGAGUAUUUGGAGAAGAAAGGAUUUGUUGAGGCCCAUGCUGAUGAUGGUCUUCUAGAAAUUUUUGGCUUGAAGCAAGGAUGGCAUGCAUCAUUUGUUAUGGUUGAACUCAUCUCUGCUAAACACAUUGCCCAGGCCGCAGCCAUUAGAUUAGAAAUUAGGGGUGGGGAGUGGAAACAUGCAUAUAUGCAAAUGGAUGGAGAACCGUGGAAACAGCCGAUAAACAGAGAGCACUCAACAUUUGUGGAAAUCAGGAGAGUGCCAUUUCAAUCUCCAGUGAUCAGUGGAAAGUAAUUAUCCAGCAUUUAGUUGAUCAGGUUUGGAUCCCUAUCCCUAGCUUGCCUGAGUUUUGGUACGUUAAGGAUGUAUGUAAAAAGCCUGAUUGUCAACCAGUGAACGUAUAAUAAAGUAAUAUUGUUUGUACAAACAUUUUUUAUUAAUUUAUUUAUACAAACUGAUAUGACAAUAUGCGAUCUGGUGAUUUUGAUGUGAGAAAAAGAAUAAACAAUCACAUCUAGUAGCAUGUUGUCAUAUCAGUUUGUAUAAAUAAGUUGUAAGAAUUAUAUGUAUAUGUAGUUUUAUUUUGUAGAAUAUGUUGAAACAGUUGGAGUGUGAUCAUAUUUUAACUGAAUUAUUAACCAAUAAGGUUCAUAAUUCUUUUAGAUUGUGAAUAUUUGAUUCAGAAUGGAAUCAUUUUUGUAGAUGAAUGAAUCAAUGAGUGUUAAUUUA